UGUCCUGGAUCCCACUUGACUGCACGCCCCGCCCCUGGAGCCCGAAGAUAUUUGUUCCUUCAUGGCUCUGGUGAAGAGCGGCUGGCUGUGGAGACAAAGCUCAGUUCUUCGGCGAUGGAAGAGGAACUGGUUUGAUUUAUGGCUGGACGGUAGCCUUUAUUAUUAUCAUGAUGACAAUCGCAAUCAACUGGAAGACAGAAUCCAUCUAAAAAUAAAUUGCUUAAGCGUUAAAGCAGGAUAUGAAUGUACAGGUGGAUUGCCACCAGAGGAAACCGGCAGGGAAUGUAUGCUGCUGCUUCACCUGAAGGAUGGGUCAAAACUGACACUUAGUGCAGACAGCGCUGAUGAUGCAUUGGCCUGGAAACUGGCGUUCCUGGAAACAAAAUCUAACAUGGUAUCCGUGUAUGAUCCUGCUGAUGAUCAUUACCAGACCAUUGCUCCAGAUGCAUUUAACACCAUCUACAUCAGUCCAAGGAACUGUGGUCAUCCAGGGUCGAGGAUAACCCGUUUGAGGAUCCAUCAGGAUCCCAGUUGCAACACAGGAGAACAAAUUGCACUGGGGAUGCUUGUUGGGGCCGUUACAAGCUCUUUGCUGAGAUCACUCAUGUGGGCACCGUGCUGGUUCUAAAACAAUGUUACUGUCAAGGCAAGAAACUGUGCAUUGCUGCAUAAACAUAGAGCACUUUGGUUAUACGAACACUCUGCUGUUGACAUCAUUAGAAAUGAAAUAAUUAGGCAGCAAAUUGGUUUCAAACCUAAAUCCCAGAUCAGAUUCAGAUUCAGAUUCAAUUUAAUUGUCAUUGUCAGUGUACAGUACAGAGACAACGAAAUGCAAGAUAAAUCUAUCUUCUAUACAUAACUAAAACUCUGAUCUUACUAUAUCUUCUGGUUUGGCAGUCUUUCUAUUUGAGCACAAACGGUUUGCGAUAGCGCUAUGAUUUUUCACCAGUUCACUCACUGUUCUCCUAUGCUGCGGGUGCACCAAGUUGUGUUCCGAUCGGUUGAAUGUCGUAAAAGUUAGCGAGGUUUCAAAAUCUUAAAAACCGUACGUGCGCAGAUCGAUCUCUUCUCCUGCCCGUCAGCGUCACGCGGAUUAGUCUCUACCCCUGUCACUCCCUGGGACAGUCCGCCCCAUCGCGUCUUUACUGGAGUUGAGGUUGGCCGGCGGAGGUUUCCACAAUUUUCGGAGGGACCCGAAGCAGUCCAGCCCAGCCCCAAGCAGCCCGGCCCCAAGCAGCACGGCCCCAAGCAGCCUGGCAUCAGAAACCCAACCCAGGCCAGCCCAGCCCCAAGCAGCCCAGCCCCAAGCAGCCUGGCAUCAGAAACCCAA